AUGGGUGAUGGAAGAGUCCCUGUCCUCAUCAAAGAGGGGCUCAGUGAAAGGCUCCCGCCCCUCUCGCCAGCCCUGCCCCCUCGGAGGGUCCGAAGGAAGUGCAAGAAGUGUGGCAUCUGUCCCGAAGAUGAAGAGGAGACAGGUUUUCCCUUGAGGCUUGGUCAGAUCCCUCAUAGGAACUGCCAGCCUACCCAAGGCCCUCCCCAGAGUGCGUCUCCAGAGCUCUCUACAGCUCUCCAAAGCCUUCUUUCUCCUGAGGACGCCAGGCCUGGAGAGCCAGAUGGAAAUUGGGGGGAAUGCACCCCAGAGUCUGAGUUUGAAAGCAUGCUCUUUUCUAAGGAUGUGGCUCAGCCAGGGAGCCUUGAUCACUUUUUUGGAUUCCCAGGGCUCUUUGGAGGUGAGCCCCUUAGUCUGGUCACAGAGGAUCGCCCCCAGAGCCCAGCACUGUACCCAGGGAUGCUUACUGGGGAUUCUACAGAGCAGCAUGAGGUACAGCUGGUGUUUGUGGUUGGCAGCCCUGAGGGGUCAGAGGUCAAGGCCCAGCCAGGGUCCAGGAUAGGGCAGAGGCAAGGACUUGCUGCUGCAGUCGAGUCCUGUGCCAGCUCCCUGGAGCCCUUGGGUGGGCUCUGUGACGCAUCCCUGGGGCAGGGAAGCCCCAGGCAUGUGAAGAAGAGGCCAUGGACAGAUCCAGGGUCCUGUGUGGAAAAACAGUGCACAGACGACUCCAGCCAGGAUCAUCUCCCAGAGGAAGCUAGUCAAAAAGGUUGUCCCCAACUGGACGAGAUGAGAGUGCCCUGUGGGGUGAAGAUCGUGCACUACGUCUGGUCUGGGACAGUGAUCCAGCUCCUGGGAGCCAUCAGCUGCAGCCAGCCAGGGGGACAGAUUGAAGCUCUUGAGGACUUGAUGGAGGUUAGCUCAGCAAGGAGGAAGAAAAAAAGGCUUACGACUCCUCACCCUGCCAGUUGGCAGUGUGAGCCUACAGGAAUGGAGCCUAUGGAGCUUCUUCAGCAGAGGGCAGAGAACCCAGGUGAUGGUCCACAAAGCCUGGAGAUCGCAUGGUACAUUCCCUCUACUGCAGGUGAACAGGAAAGUGCGCCCCUGGAUGUUGAAGUGCGAGCCACCGUGGUCCGUGCCAUGCAGGAAGCGCUAUGGACUCGUGCCCAGGAGCUUCCUGACCUGCUGCUGAAGGAAGAAGAGGUAGCAGGCAUUGCAGAGGGCAUCGAGGCAGCCCUCUUCCACCUGACCCAAGACACCAACAUCCGCUACAAGACCAAGUACCGCAGCCUGCUCUUUAACCUGAGAGAUCCCCGAAACUCUGAGCUGUUUCUCAAAGUGGCUCACUGUGAUGUCACCCCACACGACCUGGUACAGAUGAGCUCAAUCCAGCUGGCCCCCAAGGAGCUGUCCCGCUGGCGGGAUGAGGAGGAGAAAAAGGGCCUGGACAUCAUUGAGCAAUACCAGAAAGAACUGUACAGACUUCCCGCCUCCAAACUGACUCACAAGGGGGAGAUAGAGAUCCAGCGGGACUCGGACCAGAUGCUGACCCUGGAGGACCUGAUGGAACCCAUGGUACCCAGAGAGUGCAGCCCACAGGCCCUGCCAGGCCCUCUGGAGGACACCACAGAUCAGCAUCAGCACCACCUCUGGGAUACUAACUGCCACAUCUGCAAUGGUGGGAAGGAAGCCAGGAAGGAUGUCAGUGGUAGCCCGCCAGAGCCACAUACGGGCAGCAGCCACAACAUGGAUCGGAAAUCCUCAACUAAACCGCCUGGCUUCCCCAGAGUCCUGAUGGACAUGGAGAAAAAUGUCAUCCAGAAAGCCCCAGAUCCAGCUCCUGUGUCCUCUUCAGAGAUGCUCAAAGCUGGGGAGACACUCCCCAAAGAACCACAGGACAGUCUUUCUAGACUCCAGAUGCCUGCUGGGCCCAAAAAUGGCCUGCCCAGCCCUCCCCCCUGGGAAGGCUCACUGGAUAUGUUCUCGAUCAAGCAUUUCCGGGCCAAGGCGCAGCUGAUCUCGGGGCACAGCUGUCAGCUCGUCCAGGCUCUGCCACAGGUCAUUCGCUCAGCGGGCUGCCUCCCCCCAAACAAUGUCUGGGAUCUUCUCGACAGCAUGUGCCCAGCCAAGGCAAGGGACAUCUGUGUGGUCAGACUCUGUCCCCAUGGGUCUCGGGACAUCAAGAACUACCGUCUGCUCUACUCCUACCUCAACAACAAGCAGUGCCACUGCCUGGCAUCUGUGGAGCCCGUGGCGAUGGUCCUGCUGCCCCUGCCAGCCUUCCAGCCUCUGCCAGCCAGACUGCGCCCCCUGGGGGGCCCAGGUCUCGAAGCUACUCACACGAGCCUGUUACUAGCUGUACUGUUCCCUAAGGAUGGGCUUCCAGACACAGCUGUGCCCAGCCCCAUGCGGAAAAAGGUGCCAAAGACUGUCUCCUUCAGCAAAAAAGUGGAGAUGAGACGCUACCAGCCAGAGGACAGCUCAGAGGCCACCCUGAGAGGAUCAUCUCCCCAUGAGGAGGCCUCACAUCAGAGCUUGGCCAAGGACAGCCUGGCACCAAGGACUGUUUGUACUCCCCAGGGCCUCCCCAGAGGCAGGGGAAGGCAGGAACGUGGGAGAGGACAGAGGUCCUCAGAAGAAGGCUGGUGCCACCCCCAACAUCUCAAUUUAGCAGGACCAAUUUUUCCUGGCAUUGGCCGUGGGCAGCACCUCCAUAGGCCUUCCUGUUUCCACCGAGACCUACUCCAACACCUCAGGGUCUUAGUGACCAUGACUCAACAGUUCCAGGCCUCACUGUGGCCCCCAGGCCAGGAGCCCCUCCUUCCAUCCUCUGCAGUAUCUGCAGUUGCAGAUCCCCCUGGGCCAAUCCCAGACCCUUCAUUGGGCCCUGUGGAUGGAGGUGGCUCUGCGUGUCCCCUGCCAGAGCCUUCAGACUCACCGGAACGGGAGUGUGGAUUCUCUUACCAGUGCUGA